AUGGCAACACAGAAUGAUCUGCAAGAGUUGCUGCGGCUGCUCACGGGUCGCAAGAUGUCCAUGAUGGUGGCCAUGGCGCAAGUCAAGGCCCUGCAGGUCAAGAAUCUUCGCAGCAUCGCGCAAAUUGCCGAAGCACCGCUGGCCUCGGUCGAGGAAGCCCUUGGCGGCGAUGCCAAAGCGGCAAAGAGCUUGCAAACGGCUUGUAAGAGCCACGGAAAGAAAUCUAGCAAGCGGGCUGCUGAAGAUGGCAGCUCUCCCGGCGAGGGUGCCAAGAAACCGCGAUUGGAAGCGACCCGGCGCGAACUUGAUUACAGCGCCAUGUCCGGGGACGACCUUGAGGCAACACUCGAGCUGCCAUUGACGGAGGACGAGGAGUUAAUUCGUAAGACUGCGGUGGAGACGAACCGAGCGCCACUGGUACUGGCGUUUGCCGUGGAGUUGUUGCGCUUCACGAUGCCUGAGCAACCGCCAAGUAGUCGUCUAAGUCUCGCGCAGGCGGUAGUGAGUGCGAACUCACGAUCCAAGGCUAUAAGCAUUGGUAUCGAGAAGCCGGGGAAAGAGGAGCCGAUCUCUGAAGGCCAGCCGAGAGUCAAGGUUCUGAGUCGCCAGGUUCCGGUUCUGAAGCGUGGUGGUUACUCUUGGUCAGGCUCUUCACAACCCACUUCGUCUACCUCGUCAGCUUCCUCGGCCACUAUCAAGGCCAAUCAACCAGCGCCUCACAAGUGGUCGGCAAGUCAGAAGCUGUCCUCGAGGGAAUCUGUUUUCGUCGCUCAUGCCAUCUCCAUAUCCUCUCCUUCGGCUCGCGCGAAUCUCGUCAAGUCAUUGAUGGCUGAGAAGCCGGAGCUCGAGACGGCAUCACACAAUGCCUGGGCCGUCCGGACCACGUUCGGCAACUCGCCUCUGAAACAAGAGGCAUCAUUCGAUGACGGGGAAUCAGGCUGCGGCAACUUUAUGCUUCAGCUAUUGCGUGAACUCGACAUAAGCAACACACUCGUCGUCCUGACGCGGUGGUACGGCGGCGUGAUGCUGGGACCAGACCGUUGGCGGCUAAUGCGCGAAUGCAUCAACGACGCGCUGUCAGCCCAGCGGCGUACAUGGAGUCUUUCUGGAGAGGCUGUCUGGGCACUCGAUACUCAGGACACGCGCCCCUCAACUUCGACGGUCGGGAUGCCGAUCCACAGACCUGAGGCAGCACGAAACUACCUCUUGCGGUCGUUUGGACCAGCGCCAGGGGCGGAAGGAGGCAAGAAGACGGUAGCAGCGGCGAACGAGGAACGACUGGAGAACUUGGGCCGGUUGCUGGGCGCUCUGCGGCUGCUGUUUGCGAGUUGGGCAGGAGUCCUCACCCGCGAGGAACUGGACCGGAGGGCGUGGAACUGGUACAUUACCGUCCGGCCAGACGUGCAAGCCGGAGCCGCAGGAUGGGGUGCCAAAGGGACGCUCAAGCUGGAGAGAAUACUGGAACUGCGGCGUAAGGACUCUGCAAGAGAGACGUGA